AAAGUGGGAGGCCAAGUCUACGGCUGGGACUGCGAUGAGCUCGUCCUGCCGAGCGACUCGGAUGGGGAGCAAAAGAUCGACAAAUUGGGCCGCCUGCUCGGGGGUAGGGAGUACAAGAUGCCGAGCUUCACCUCGACCUUACGAGCGAACCCGCACAAAGUCUACUUCCUCGCAGUAGACGCAGCUCGCGCCGUUGGGUUCCGCGACUCCCUCACCUUCUUCCGCUCAGACGUUCGUCUGAUCCGUAUCAAUCUGCUACCCCAGGAGCGCGAGGACCUCAUAGCCGCUGGAAGGCUGCACGGCCAGCAAAAGGGGCGCAACGUAACCUUUGUAGCUGCGCGUAACAUGUUCAAGAUCUUCGGCGCAAAGACGGUUCGCAACGGUCGGGCGGUCGUGGACGACUAUUACGAGGCGGAGGCUCGCGCCAAGCUGGAGAAGUUGGGAAGAGCCGAUAAAGCUGGUCAACUCGUACCCGAUACGGACGUACGUCGAGCAGCAGAGCGUAGACGUGACGACGAUCGAACGCGUGAUCGUACGCGUCGCCCUCCCGACUCCUUCGACUACGUGAGCUCGGAUGCGCAGGGUCGAAUGGUCAAGACCGUCUUUGGAGAUAACGGGGCGAGUCCAUUUAUGCGAAGUAGGAAUUGGCCGCAGAGGCGACAGAAUCAACAUCGGGCAGAUCUGAGCGAGGAGAAUUGGCUGCUUGAGAUGAGUAGGAAUGUUGUGGGGAUGAACAGGGAGUUGGCCGAGAAUCGAUUGGAGAGGUUGGUGCGAUUUCAGAGGGCAGGGGGAGAGAGGGACGCAGAGAUGGCCUCUUCACUCCAUCACGACGGCGACGACCACGAUGGCGACGGUGACGGCGACGAAUCUGGCACGGCGAAGCGCUCUCGCCCCUCAGACCUCGCGGCGCACCACCUCCCCCCUCUCGGGCUGUACGACCCUACGACGAACACACCGCACUACGCCCUCGCCACCCAGCCCAAGAAGGCGCGCAUAGACAAGCUGGCUGCCCGCCCCCUCCUCCCCGGCAUCAAGGACAGCGGAGGGGACGGAAGGCCCGUUGUAGGCGGGGAGUCCAAGGUCGGGACAAACGCGUGGGGCAUC